AUGCUUCCAACAAGGUCAUUGGAAACAUCUAUGAAAGUUACGAACGUCAUCACGGCUCGAGAUAAGGAAACAACAACGGCAGUAAUACCAGCUUAUGGCCAGGGAUCGAUUGACCCGCAUAGUAUCAAUAUGCAGGGUUUGCUGGCACUUUUUGCCCUCCUAGGCGCUGCCUUCGUCAUUGCAUCAAUUUGGUUUUUCUUCUGGGCAAAGAAUGGCGGGUUCAUUUGGCGAGAGACAGAUUGGGACGACUAUAAAUCAACAGUAUUGAGAAGGAAAGGUCCCGAUGGCCGAACGCUGUCCAAUGCUACGAGGAGUACAGCCUUGGGCGGAGGAAGUAUUGUUGCGAGAGAAUAUCGGGACUUUGAUGAUGCCACUACGACUAUGGACACGGAAACUGUUGCAACUGGUAAGCCGAGGAAAAAGGGAUUCAGAGCCACGGCACGGGAGAAACUGUGGCGUCGACAAAAGGAGUCGGAUUGGGAGGGCGGGCAUGAUGAAGAUAUGCGAGCGUAUCGCCAUGAGAAGCCAGCAGAAGUUGGUGGCAUGAACCGCGAAGCAGAUGGGACAUAUCACGGUUCCGACUUUACCGUUACCAAUACCAACACACACACAAACACACAAGAUGGCCGAAGUGAAGCUGGCUAUACCUACACGCAUACCUACGAUGAGAAGAGCGAGUGGACUCAGAGCCAGGCCGGAUACACAAAUCAAUAUGAGGAAAUGGAUAUCUCGAGGGGCAGAAACGUGUCAGGUUUCUCAUUUGUGGCAGGACAGGACGAUGCCGUUACCUACGUAACAGAGGAACAGCAGCCUCUUCGCGAACCGUCACCCCCACCCCGCCGCCGUGACAAUGAACGUCGUUCUGAAGUUAGCCGUUCUGAAGUCAGCCGCUCGGAGGUCAGCCAUUCAGAUACUGAGCGUCGCUCUCGCAGAGCACGACAUACGCAGCGUCCUCGCGGACCCAGAGGAAGUGCCAGCAGCUCUCGUCAAUCUAGUUCUCGCAAACGCACCUCAACUACUGGCUACACUGAACCACUCAACAUGUCGGAGUAUUCCUACACCCAUCUUGAUGGCUCUGAUAUUGGCACUGGCAACAUGAGUUAUCACCAGCCUCUCCCUGCAUUGAGCAAAGGCUACCGCCGGGGCCGUGGCAGGCGCAGAGAUAGUCUGAGUGACAGUGAGGGUGAGGAUUAUGAAAGUCGUCGGUCAUGA